AUGGCCAACCAAAACCCCCUCCCUACCAACUCCGCCCUCGCCCUCUCGGUCCUCACCUCCCUCGGUGGAGCGAUCGGAUACGCGCGUACCGGCUCGAUCCCCUCAAUUGCCGCUGGUCUUUCCGUGGGAGCCCUCUACCUCCUGAGCUUUGCGCGCCUACGCUCCGGCGAGACUUUCGGCGAGGAGCUUGGUCUUCUGGCUUCGGCUGUGCUAGGCGGGAGCUCGAUUCCCCGCGUUAUUAAGACCGGGGGUAAGCCCGUGCCUCUUGGGCUUUCGGUUCUUGCUACUUAUGGUGUUGUUGUGUUUGGGCUUGCAUUCCGGGAGAAGAGGGCUUAA